CCCUCUUCUCUCUCUCCGAUCUCUCGCACGGAAUCUGUCGCUGUCGCCUCUCUCAGUCUGUCGCAUACUGCUGCUGCUCUGACGGACACUCGCAUCUCCCGAAUCGAGCACAUUUGGUAUCUUGGUCCUCAGCUGGUGACUCAUAUCCGCCGCCUUUGCCCAAGUGCCCCUUGCAAACAGCAGCCCCAUCAUGCCGACGUAUCCCUCCAUUGACCAGCCUUCUCUCGCCCCGGCCCAUCCCAUUGGCGAGCGGCCAUCCUUCCUCACCUCGCCGCCGUCCUUCCCCACCUCAGCAGCCACCCCGACCGCAUCGACGUGCCCCCUCCCACCGGGCAUUCGGGGGAUACCUACACCACAUCCACACUGCCGUCCGCUGCACCGGCAUACGACGUGCAGCCGGUUGUUGUCGGCCAGUCGCUGGCGACGACAAACACAGCUGGGAAGCCGGAGGGCGGUGAUCAGCCGCAGUACGUCCAGCCACAGGCUGUUCCGGCACAGUAUGGGGGUGGUGCACACGUCAUUCACGUCCCACAGGCGGUGGUGGUAGAUCGCCGAUACGACGAUGAGGCGUGUAUGCUCGGCUGCGCACAGGUGACUGACUUAUCUGGGCGAGCAGGCAAGCAGGCAGGCAGGCAGGCAGGCAGGCUGGCAGGGUGAAGCAGCCAGUCAGUCGCCCAUACGUUGCCCUCACCCUGUGUGUGGCGUGGUGUGUUGAUGUCAGGUGUCGUGCAUUCUGUCGAUAUUCUUCCCCAUCGUCGGGUGCAUUGCCUUCUGCUUCAACAUGGACGCCGCGGAUGGGUCGGAGAGGAAGAAGUGGGCCUGGCGCUGCCUCAUCUCGGCCGGCGUCUCGUUCGUCCUGGUCUUCAUCAUCAUUAUCAUCCACGUCGCCACCAUGUCCGCUGUUGCCGCUCGACACAGUUCUGACUACUAACCGAGCGGGCUGUCGAGAGCGCAGUCAUCUAAUCUUUAGUUAUUUUCCUAGGUCCGAAUGCAAUGCGAUGUGUGCGUGAGGUCUCGAUCUGUGUCGAUCGGUUCUGUCCCUUUCAUGACGCUGUGUGUCGGUUGUGGGUGUGAGUGGUGUAUGUGUGUCUUUGAAGACGACUUGACUCGCCCUCUGCACUGCAGCCAACCGCGACGGGAUAUAUCGGCGGUUCUGCCUGUCGAGCGAUUGCCGUGGCUGGCCAGUGUAGGGGGUCUCAUUAUUAACUGCAUUUGACGGUUGCGGCCCAACUUGGGCACCUCCGUCCAGUCCAGCCAGAAUUGCAUGGGGUGUGUUGUGUUUUCUCUAGUGACUUUUCGAGGAGGGAGUUGUGGUCGUUGGCGUGGGUGUGCGGUGCGGUGCGGUGCGGUGCGGGCUGCCUGACUGUCUUCCCUGCGCCCCUUCACUCCCUGCCGCCAUGCCUGCCCUGCACUCAUCUCUGUCUUGGUGUUGGUGUUGGUGCUGAGGCCGUGCCGUGCCGUAUGUGUGUGCGACAGAUCUCAUCGGUCCAUUUGCAUUGGCUGGCGGACACACGAAUGACGGGCGAAUAGACAUACACAUCGUACAUGUGCCUAUCGGCCUGCUUCUGCCCUCUUACGUGUUGCGUGUUACGUGUUGGUGAGACUUGUUUGAUUGAAGCGGCGAUUUCAUU